AUGGGUUGGUUCGACGGCUGGUUCGGCCCCAGCGCCUCGUCCGACGACCCUCUCAAGUCCCUCGACCCCAAGCUCCGCGAAUACCUCGAGCGCGAAUCCCCCGUCAAGAUCCAGCAGCAGCAGCAGGUCCAAGAAGCCGAGAAAAAGGCCAUACGAAUCGCCGCGCAAGCAGCGCUGGCGGCAGAAGCAUCCGCACAAGCACGGGCCCAGUCGCAAUCACAGUCACAAGAUGCCGCCGCGGAACGGCCAAUCGUGCCGAAAGAGAGCCUCUUCCAAGACGGCCGGUACGCGCACCUGUGGAAGACGUACCGGCCCUACGCCGAGGUAGAAGCCGAGACGAAGACGGACCACGAGAAGCUCAUGGACGUGCUGGACGGGUUCAAGCAGAGGAAGCACAACAUUGGCCGGGCGGCGCUCGAGAACUGCGCCAUCCAGCAGGAGGAGUGGGUGAACUGCAUGAAGAGCGGCGACUGGGAGGACAGGAUGCAGAUGUGCAGGCGUCAAGUGCAAAAGUUUGAGAGGUGUUAUACCAUGCAGACGAGAUUCCUCAAGGCCCUCGGCUACCAAUCCAUCAACGGCCGCUCGGCCCAAGUGGAAGAAGACAUCCAGAUGCACGCAGACCAGCUCUACGGGCGCAUGAUUGAGCAGGAAGAGGCCGUGGAGGCCGCCAAGAAGGAAGGCCUCCCAGUGCCCAAGUUCGAUUUCGCGAUACCCGUCGCCGCACCGGCCGCGGCCGCGGCGCACACGCCGAGGCCGGACCUGGAGACCUCGUGGAAGGAGAAACUGGAGCAGCUGCCCGAGUCGGAGAGGGCGGCCGAGGAGGCGGCGCUGCGGGCGGACUUCCAGGCCAACGUCGAGGUGGCCAAGAACGUGCAGAAGCUGUGGGACGAGCAGGAGAAGGAGAAGGAGAGGCGCAAGGCGGAGGGCAAGGCUACGAUUGUGGAUCGUAUCUCGGGGACGUUUGGCGGUGGGAAGUAA